AUUCUUGCGGACAUUCUUGUUCAGCUCCUUAAAACUCUUGCAUUUUUGAGAUUUUAAAUAACCAAGAAAAAACUUGAGUUAUGAGAUACCCUGUAUGAGAUGGAACGUACUCAUUGGACAUCACCAUCUCUUUUAUCAGUUCCCAUCGAAUUGAUAACAGUUCAAUUAUUCACUCUUGGCAUGCAGCAAAAGGGUUGCUAGUAGUUUAGUCGUGGGAGUAUGACAGACACACCUCUGUUUACAUUCGUUAUCUUCUUCAAUUUUGCUUCAAUCGCGUUUUUACAAUUGACUUUUUUCUAAGACUACUUAUUGGGCACCAAAGUAACAAUCAAAAUAGGCAUGAAUCACGUGGUACUAAUGCUGUUCGUUUUUGUGGAAGAUCAAAUUUUUCCUCUCGUAAAUGCAAAUUGGGCAGACGAGCAAGUAAGGAACGUAGUUGAUAAUUGGGACUCCAACAAUGUCAGACUUCGAGAACCGUUCUGGCCUGGGGCAAUCGCAAAAAACACCAAAUCAAGCACAACUUUAAUACCUCACACUACAGAUGAAGGUGAAAUUCAGACGGAGCAUCAUCCAUUUGUUGAGUUUUCGUGCCGUCAAACUCAGACUUUGCCGAAAUUAGACACAGCAAAGCCUUCGUCGACAAGACACUUUUCCUCCACGAAUGGCUGACUCAGCGACCGAACCAGUGGUACGUGACCGCACCUCCUGGCUUUGGAAAAUCCUCUUUGGCAAAUAUGGCAGUCCAGUUCCUAAACGCCUCAUUCAAAAUUGUCAGCGGAAAGACGAGAUUCUAUAGCUGGCGCGAUACUGCCGCUUUCAGUCUCUUUCAAGGCACGAAAAUAUCCAGCAUGAAAAGUUUUUUUAAAGAGCACUUUCAGAACUACGCUGUAAUUUAUCUAGAUCUAGCCCCUCUAAGUUGCACCACGGAAGCUUUUUAUGCAAAGAAACCCACCUUCAAUCAAGACUUUCAUGAGAAAUUUAAGAUAGUCAUAAAGAAUAUGAUGAGCUAUUAUCCAACACUCCACCUCCACGAAGACAUGCCAGCUUCAGAAAUAAUGAGCUUCAAAAGAUACCUUCAGGAAGGGAUGGAUGAAGAUGUCAGCCCCAGCAAAUUCUGGAAAAGCACAUCAUUCCUGAAGAAACUCAUUCGAAAAUUCUUAAAAAAAGACGUCAUUGUAAUUGUAGACUCUUAUGAUGCCUUAUGCAAGCCUUGCAUGAUUCAGGAUGUUUCAAAAGUACAAAGACCGUACGUAGGUUCGUUCAUGAUAGAAUUCGGUAAAAUGAUCAUCCAAGACGGAAAGACAAGGGUUCUUUAUUUGGGAACCUUCAACACUGCGGAGUUGAUGCUGAAAAAACCGAAUGAAUUAAGAACUCCACAAUCACCAAUGUACAUGAUUCAACACACGGCCUUUUCCAGUGAUGAGCAAGUCGCAAAGUAUUUUGGACUGUCUACCCGGGAGGUUGCAGAUAUUUUGGCGAAAUAUUCUAUGCAAGAUCAUCUCAGUUUGGUGAACGACCUCUUGAAUGGACACGCAGUUUUGAAUUCGUCUUUAACUUUGCUCAACACUAGAUCUGUGCUCUCGUAUAUCAAAAAUCGGAACGUUACACCCAGUGCUUUGACCUCACCAUUUACCGCAGAGAUUUUACGCACCUUUGAGAAACUAUUCCUAAAUACAUGGAUCAGCGAUGUGUUGAGUCAGUGUAUAUUUCAAGGUAAAGCUGAGGUCAUGAUUUCAUCUCAAACGUUGCUACUUUUCGGAAGCUUCUUAAGAUUAAAACAUUUACUGGAGAAUAGUCAAGCUGUUGUUAAAGAAACCGCCAAGUCGGAGGAUAUUCUAACAUCCAUCAGAAUUUUACAGUUUCUGGGGUUAAUAUCGAUCACUGAAGAAAGGACUGAUUUUUGCGUUUACAGGGUGUCAAGUCGCACUGAUGCUGAGCUUAUGAAUGGUUAUCUGUGUAAUAGUGGGAUCGUCCAGCGAGAUUUUGGAAUCAGCCCACAAGAUGAUAUCGCAAUGACUGCUGCUGUAAGAGGUCUAGCGCCGAACAAUGAUUCUAUUCAGUGUUUUGGCAAAGCCAUUUAUAAUAUUGUCAAAGUGAAACCUCCGAAGGCUGAGUAUCAGCUGAAAUCUCUAAUUUAUGUAUAUUCAAGGAAAGUUGAAACUUAUUACGGAGAAGACUUUGCGAUGGAAGCUGGCAUCACAACCCUCACUGGGAAUGAUUUAAAAUUAAACGAGGAUGGCAAACUUGGCAAUAAAGAGAAGAUUGACAUAAUACUGGUGCUGAAAAAUAAGUCAUUAGGAAUCAUUCUUACAUCCAUACUUAAUAAAAAUGCAACUUUUGUAAUGAAAAAAAUGAUGGACCACAAAUAUCUUGACGUAUUUGACUCAGAUUCUCGCUUUUCAAAGCUGAAAAUCAAGAAUAAGCUGCUGAUUGGAAUCUCCGUAUCGGAAAAUAAAUCAGUGGAAAUUUCGUCAGAAAUGUGGCAUCAGAAUGAAAAAAUAAUUUUAAAACAAGUUAUAUUGAAUAGCGCAAGUUCCCUAUGAUAUCUACUUUAAAGAUAAAUUCCUUUAUAAUUGCCUUUAAAGACACGUAUGUGCCUUUAGUUACUUGUUUUACACGUUAGGCUAUCUUUGCUUCCGACUAUCUAGUCUUGCUUGACGAGAUUCUGAAUUUAAAUGACAAUAAAUAUUUUUAUUUUACAA